AUGUCGGGCGAGGCGAGUGCUCCCGGGGCCUCCCCCAGGGCCCCGCGUCCCGGGACCCAGAAGUCGUCCGGCGCAGUGACCAAGAAGGGGGAUCGCGGGGCCAAGGAGAAGCCGGCCACCGUCCUGCAGCCGGUGGGCGAGGAGGAGCCCAAGAACCCUGAGGAGUACCAGUGCACCGGGGUCCUCGAGACGGAUUUCGCGGAGCUCUGCACGCGUUCCGGCUACACCGACUUCCCCAAAGUUGUCCCCCGGCCUCGCCCGCACCCGGCCUUCGUCCCCUCCGCCUCGAUGUCGGAAAAGACCACCUUAGAUGACCAGCGCCUGUCGGGGUCCUGCAGCCUCAACAGUCUGGAGAGCAAAUACGUGUUCUUCCGGCCCACCAUCCAGGUGGAGCUGGAGUCCGAGGACAAGGCGGUGAAGGAAAUCUACAUCCGUGGUUGGAAGGUCGAGGAGCGGAUCUUGGGUAUCUUCUCUAAAUGUCUGCCUCCGCUCAGCCAGCUGCAGGCCAUCAACUUGUGGAAAGUGGGCCUGACCGAUAAGACCCUGACCACCUUCAUUGCCCUCCUGCCUCUCUGCGCAUCCACGCUCAGGAAGGUGUCUCUGGAGGGCAACCCGCUGCCCGAGCAGUCCUAUCACAAGCUCAUGGCGCUGGACAGCACCAUCUCGCACUUGUCCCUGCGGAACAACAACAUCGAUGACCACGGGGCGCAGCUGCUGGGCCAGGCUCUGUCCACGCUGCACAGCUGCAACCGGACCCUGGUCUCGCUCAACCUGGGCUUCAACCACAUCGGGGAUGCGGGCGCUGGCUACAUCGCGGAUGGCCUCCGGCUGAACCGCGCCCUGCUCUGGCUGUCCCUGGCGCACAACCGCAUCCAGGACCAGGGCGCCCUGAAGCUGGCCGAGGUCCUGCGCCCCUUCGAGCUGACACACACUGAGGUGGUGGAGCGCCGCCGCCUCCUGCUGGAGAAGGGGUCUCAGGAGCGCUCGCGAUCGCCCUCCUCCUCCCGACACGGGGACUCCAAAGCAGAGCGUGAGAAGAACCCCCUGAUGGGGGUCAGCAAUGCUGCACUGGCCGAAAAGUCAGACAAGACGUCCACAACAAAGACCCCGAAAGGCCUGGGCAAGAAAAAGGAGAAGUCAGGGAACGGGGUGAAGAAAGAGGAGAAGUCAGGGUCAGGGCAGUCACCCACACAGGGGACCCCCAAGAAAGAAGACGCCACCAAGGUGGGCAAGGGAAAGGUCACCAUCCCCGAGCAGAAGCCGAGCAAGGGAAAGGGGCCUAAGACCGGGAACAAAGAGAAGCGCAGCUUCCUGCUGGAGUCCGAGCUGGUUGCCGAGCCUUCAGAGGUGCUUAGCCCUCUCCUGGAGCCUGCGGAGCACCGAGAGGGGAAAGUGUUCAUGCCCGGGAACAAGGUCCUUUUGCACCUCAACCUCAUCCGAAACCGCAUCACCGAGGUGGGGUUGGAGGGCUUCCUGGCCACCGUGCAGCACCAGGCCCAGUUCUCCAAGUCCAAGAGCGCGUCCAAGGGCCCCGUGGGGCUGCUGUGCCUGUCGCUGGCGAAAAACUGCUUCUCCCCGCAAUGUCCCCCGUACACCAUGAUCCAGGAGCUGAUGCUGCCAAGGGACCCCAUCAGUAAGGCCAAGCCCAGGGAGGAGGAGACCACGGCUUCCUCCACCUAG